GAAUUAUGUAUCGCAAGUCCUGCGCGUCCUCCGCGGCGUGUCUGAUCGCCUCUGCUGGGUACCAGUCCUUCUGCUCUCCAGGGAAGGUGAACUCUGUUUGCAUCAGCUGCUGCAACACUCCACUCUGCAAUGGGCCCCGGCCGAAGAAGAGGGGCAAUUCUGCUGUGGUGCCAAGGCCACACGUGAUAACUACAGUUCUGCUUCUUAAAUUUGCCCUGUUGGUUUUGUAUUGCUAA